AGAGAGAGCGAGUAAGAGAAACCUAGAAUAGGGUGGUUCAUUAAUAGAGUCAGAAACAGUUGAAGGACAGCAGUAAUCUCUGACGGCUUCACUACAACACAGCACUGAGGAUAACACUCUACUACUGAGUUUGUCUGUUUUCUGGCUGUAAUUCUGUCUCUCUCUCUCUGGUCUGAUCUGUUGUCGUCUGACAGCUGCUUGCCAGUGUCCUAAACUUUCGUUGUCACGGAUACUUCUCCAUGGAGACGUACUCCCAAAGGUGGAGAGGAGGGCUUCAAGGUAAAAAGAGACCCUAACCUGUAUGGAGUAACAAGUCAGAAGAACGAGGAUGAGGGAGAGCCUGUAGAAGUGGAAGUGGAAGGAUAACAAAAAGGUUGACUUUGUAGGCACAAGAAGAGUGCAAAUCAACAGAAAGAAGAAGUUGGAUGUUGUUUGAGUGAAUUUGUCAGGUAAGAAUAAGAUGAAUUAAUCAAACUGGACAGCAUUAUUACUCCUGUUACUUUAAUAUUUGGAUAAUAUCUGUGUGUUUGCAGUAUGGGCUAUGAUCUGGAGAGGUUUGUGGGAUAUGUGAAUGAAGGACUACUGUGCUGUGUGUGUCGAGACGUGCUGGAGCGCCCCCUCCAGGCUCCCUGUGAACAUGCCUACUGCAGCGCCUGCAUCAGCAGCUGGUUGCUCCAUCACCACUCCUGUCCUGAGGACAGACUGCCACUGGAUGUGGGCAGCCUCAAACCACUGUACAGGUCAGCCAACAUGUCUGCAUAUGAGUCUUCAGUGAUCAUGUCCCCGAUGUUAGUGGUUAUCUACAAAUCCAAUGCCUUUUUGGAUGUUUUGUGUUCUUCCACUCUUUUUUUCUGAGAUGCUGGUUUUGUUUUCUCCACAGGUACAUGCGUAACGACCUGAACAGACUGCAGAUCCGUUGUGUGAAUGCAGGACAGGGUUGCGAGGUGGUCUGCUCCCUGGAGAACCUGCACACACACGAGGAUGAGUGUGAGUUUGCCUUUAUCUCCUGCUCUAACACAGGUAUGAAACCCACACAUCCAAAGUGUUGCUUAUUUUAUUAUGACGAUUUUAUCCACAAAGUGUUUAUGGUUGACAAAUGGUUUUCCCUGUGCAACUUUGUGCUGUAAUACGACACCUUUGUGUGUCUAUGUGGGGGAGCGACAUAUGGUUCUUUUGUUGUCAAGACUGCCUCCAAAGUCUCACACCUGUGGGACUUUUCAGCUCCCACAGAGUGCAGUCAGGGUCAACUUUCCAUCAUUUUUUAAUGAGAGAUUCAGAAGUGAGUAAAUGUAUUGUACUGAUAAAGUGUCUGUGACCUCCUGUUGGCAGGUGGAGAGUACAUUUGUUAUCACUGUGGUAUGUACAGACUUGGAGUGUGUUUGCAUGCAGUGUUGCUUUUGAAGUGUUGAGAUCAUCUUAGUGAAGGAUUGACUGUUUCGGCUUCUUAAUAUUGAAGUUAAAUAGAAGUCAGAGAACUCCUACUUCAUCAUUAUUAAAUACUGUAUGAAUGCAACACAUCUGUCUCAUGUUGGGCCUAACCAUCUCCCUUAUCUUCAGGUUGCCCUGUGCAGGUAGAGAGGCGGGGUCUGGAGGCUCACCUGUCAGAGUGUAACUUCCGCAGCAGGGAGUGUCCUAAUGGCUGUGGUCAUACUCUUCUCCCCAUCAAUCAAUCACAGCAUAACUGUGUAGCAGAGCUGCGCACAGAAGUGGAGAUGCUCAGGUAUGUCCGUUGUAUUAAUUACAUCGAGGAAAUUAUGCUCUUUCCGCUCAGGCUUGUUUGCAAUCCUUGUGUCUCUUUGGAUAUUUUUGGCAGGGCAGAGAUGCUGUGCAAGGUUGAAGAGGUGAGACGAGAGAUGGAGUCCCGUUUGGAUUCACAGAGAAGACACAUGGUGCAGAAAGAGUCGCAGCUGAAGAAUGAUGUGGAGGAGCUAAAGGUGACGUGUCACUCCUCAGCUUUUUAGGGAACAACAAACAGGCUGGAGAAAUGACUUGAGCGAUGAACCCUAACUACAGUCAGAAAGACUGGAAGGUUUUCCCUUUCAAUCAUGUGUAAACCUGUUUAGUGACUGUGUCUUUUCUGUGUAGGGUCAGCUGUCCCGUGUGAUGUGUGACAUGCGAGCCCUCUUGGGAGCGGAGCGCCUCAGGAGACAGGAGCUGGCAGAGGCAGAGCUGGAGAAGCGAGAACUGCUAGAGCUCCUCAGAGACCUGCAGCCUACCAGAAGCCAGCUUCCUGUUGAACCAGCAGCCAGGGAUCAGCUUCAGGGAGACCUGCAAUCAUCUGGAUGGGAUCUACAAAGCGAGCCGACAAUACACCAGCAAAGAGAGUCAUCUUUACUCGCUUCCAAUCUCUCACUACACUCAGUUCAGGCCAUGAGUAUCUCAGGUCCGCCUCCAUCGCCUCAGCUGGGGGAGGGGGCGCGCAAGGGGGGCACGAGGAGUCUAACUCUGGACUGCAUUAAGAGGAAGAGCAGGGAGGUGACGGUCAUCUGAGAAGACUGGACCGGUGAAUCAGCCAAAGACUUUUUGGCCAAAAGUAAUGAAAACACUUUGAAUGUACCGUAAGCUGUGUCAAUUCUAGAAAGUUUAGUCAUUUUUUGAUCAAAAACGAUGUUCAGUUAAAAAAGGAGAAAAACAUUUAGUCUGCUGUGUGUGUGUGAUAGUUCAUGUGUGUGUGUGAGAGGCAGGACUUUUUGUGCAAUUCCACAAGCGAAAUUAUUUUGAUCCCGGGCUCACAUGGAAUUAAACUGAUGUUCAAUAUUUAAAACCAACAAUGAUUACUUCCUGAAUUAACAUCACUCUGUUGUUUUAUACCUACGUAUGUUGUUGUUGUAAUUAAAAACACCUGGAGUAAUCUU